AUGAGCUUUUAUUCUAACCUGCCGACAACAUCCAAUGAACUUUCGGCAUCGACAAUAUACCCCACUAUAUUUGAGAUACUCUCAUCUCAGGAGCUAGAUGCCCUCUUCCCAGCGUCCAUUAGAUAUCUGCUAACAAAUUACUGGAUUAGUCGGUUUCCAUCUUGGACCACUUUACAGGUGAAUAACUAUUUUGAUGAAUGGUUUAAUUUACUGAUAAAGGGGCUCGUGGAGGCAUACCACCUCAAGAACUUCAAUACUACCUUUAUUGACAAAUUCUAUGGCCUUCAAAGGUUUAGUACUAGGGAUCAAGCUCUACUGAAGGCCCAGAUUCAAUCCUUACAAAAUGGUAAAGCUAAAUCGUGGCCACUUGAAUUACAAUUAACAAAAGAGCAACGUAUGGUUAUUUUCCUACAAAAAAUUAUUCUACCAUAUAUUAAAAAUAACCUUGAUGAUAUACAUCGCAAGAUUGUCACUGAGUCUGCAUUUGGUAGCCGACCAGAAGAGGAGAAACCAAGUAUCCUUGCAAAAAUAAAGCUACUCCUGAAAGCAGUGAUCCAGAAAUAUUAUCCGACCUUUAAGAGGAUAUGCUUCCUGUUGAACAUGACAACCAGGUUGUCAUUUCUAAUGGGUAAGAAUGCAUCCAUGUCUUUCCUUGAUUAUUGUUUUAACAUAGGCUAUAUGAGGAUGGUCUUACCUCUCCAGAAAAAGCAGCUUUAUGGAUAUGGUUCUACGAAGGACAAGGUACUACGUUUGAAAAGGGUAUUGGGGCAGAAUAAAAUGGCGCAGCUCAAUAAACUUCGCCAUGUUCUUUCCCAGACGGCAGUAGUAGGAUCGUAUGCUGGUAGCCAGCUUUUUCCUAGUUUUGUAUUUGGCCUGAGAGUGUACCAAUGGUGGGUGACAGAGGAUUUAAGUGCUAAAUUGCAAAAGAAAAUUGAUACAAUGGAUGAAAAGAUUCCAAGACCUCCAAACAAAUCAAGUUUGGAGGUAAGCUCAUCCGAAACUUGUCCUGUAUGUCAACUUACUGUGCAGAACCCGUGUGUUUUGGAGACAGGAUAUGUUACAUGUUAUCCAUGUGCAAUUAAAUAUAUCACCAAGCAUGAGGGAAGAUGCCCUGUUACCAAUAAAAAGCUCUUAGGAUGUAAAUAUGAUGAAGUCACACAAUCCUGGAGAGUAACUAAUGGAUUAAGAAAGUUAUUAAUCUAA